CAAAAUUUCACUUUGUUUGUAAACAAAACUUUCCGUAAACUCUUUUAAAAACAAGAUUCUCCUAUUUAAAAAUAUUCAUCAACUAUUUAAACUCAAUACACAAAUUGUUAAUGAACUUUAGCAGUGAAUAGACAAACUUUUUAAACAAAACGACAACUUAGUCCUAAUAUAAGAAUCAUUUUAACUUAAAUUUAACGAAAUUAUGGAUACGGAAGUUAAAAACAUAAUUAGCAAAGCGUUAGCUUUAAAAGAAACCGAUUUGGAAGCAUCUAAAGCACUAAUAAUCACAGCUAAGACAUUAUUUCCGAAACAUUAUGAAGUAUUCUACACAGAUUAUCAGCUCCAAAAAGCAUCAGGAAAUUAUGUGGAUGCAGCAAAAAGUUUCAGUUAUAUUCUUUUGUGUUUUGAAAAUUCAGAAAUUGUUCUUGAGAUCAAAAGACUCGUAGAAUCUUUAAAGAAAGCUGACAAGAAUGAAUCUUUGAAUGAACAAGACAAUUUUUAUGUCAAUAUGUUUCAGUGCUUCUCAAAUGGACCAGCAGGUCAAAAGAUCGUUAUGAUGUUGACUGAAACAAAUGAUUCUAAUGAUUUUGCGUACAUCCGAAUUAUGAAGAAAUUCUCGCGCAAUUUUAAUAUAAAUGCACCAAGACUCCUUGAAAAAAUCCUUAAUGGAAUCAGUACAUCCCCAAUUGAGUACACAGAAUUACUUGUUAAAGAAGUUUUACCAUUAAUGAUGACCGAGCCUUCAGAAGUGCCAUCUGAUCUGUUAUACAGACUCCUUUCAAUUGUUUUCAAAUAUUACAUUUCAAAUUUCUAUAAUGCUGAAAAGCACGUAGCUGAAGAGAGUAGAAUCAAACUUUUUGAAUUCUUUCAGUGGAUUGGGAAGCUUCUUAAGUGGGAACCAUUUGCAUAUAAUCCAUCAACAUGGACAAAAGACAUUUACUGGCAAAAACUCAAGCAAAUUGAGAGCAUCGCAACAUGUGACACUAAACAAAUUUUCUAUUUGUGUUGCUUCCUAUUUUUCAUAUCCGCACAAGACUAUUUGGAAAGCACAAAAGUGAAAAUCGAUGGCCAUGAAGUUCAAUAUAUUUUGAUUGAUGGACUAUCUGAAAUUGAAAAUUCACCGCCCUUAAUGAACAUUUUGCAUGAACCGCCAUUCAGUCCUGAUAUUUUGACAUCAUUUCUGACUGCUUUUAAGGCACAGGAUUUACUACAAAGGAAUGUCAUGUUCUACCAAGAUUUCAACAAAAUUCUAUUCGAAUUGAACAUCACGAGGCACAUUAAUCGAUUAGUCGUGGAUUUUGCGAUUUAUUUGAGGAGCAACACUGAUUCCUUUAAUCUUAUCAACAGCAGUAAAAUUAGCAAUUUAGAGAAAAAUUUACGAAGAUUGAGUUUAGUCGUCAACACAGUCAAUUCUACACGCGAAACAUUUGAUUACAUUCGAUCAAUAAUCACAGAUUUACCGACAGUCAACGGAACUUACCUUAAAAAUAUGACACCGGAUCGAAGUUUAUUGUUCUUGCCACUAACGCGAUACGCAAUUUUACAAUAUUGUACACGUGUAAUCAUCAAUCAUCUCAAAAGGAAAGCUUUCAAAGAAAGUUCAGUAACGAAAGGAACAAUUGACGAUUUUCAGCUUGGAAGUCUGUUAGUCCUCCUGCAAUUAGAGUUUUAUGACAAUAUUCCACUGAUUGAACAUAUUUUUGAAGUGAUUCGAGUAAAAGGAUUAGAGUUCCCCUUAUUUACAUCGUACAUAAUUAAUAUUGACAUGAUUGAGGAGUUCAUGAAUAUUCAUCGAAGUGCUGAAGUGAAACUUAAAUUAUUCUCAUCGGCAGUGACGCCAACGAGUCAACAAAGAAGAAUUGGAACAAGGGGUGCUGACAAGAACGUCAAAGAAGUCAUCAAACAGCAAGUAAUCCGCUCCAAUGAGAACAUCGUUGACCUCAUAAUAGUUUUUAUAGACCAAGAGCACAUGAACAUUCUAACCAAUUUAAUGGCUUUUUAAAUAAUAGAUUAUGAUGUGAAAAAUUCUAAAAUUGUACAGGAAUAAAGCGAUGUAGUGUAUUUUUAUUUAA